AGUGGAGAGGAAAACCAUUAACAGUAGUGAAAACUCCAAACAUCUUCAGUCUCUCUGUGGAGGCAUUAAGAGAAGAGCUGAAGAAGUGUGUGAGUCUUUGUCUUCCUGGACCAAAUGUUCUUCUGCUGUUAGUGAAACCUUCUGAUUUCACUGCAGAGAUCAGACAAACACUGAAGUUCAUCCUGAGUUUGUUUGGUCAAGAUGCUUUAAAACACUCGAUGGUCAUCAUGACACACAAGGAGAACAAAAUAAGUUUCACUGUGACUCAGCUCCUUACAGACUGUGGAGGAAGACAGUACAGCAUGUCUGAAGAUGACCACAGAUCAUUAAUGCAGAAGAUUGAGAACAUUGUGUGUGAAAACAAAGGAACCUUCCUCACCUUUACUGAAGACACCACAAGACCAAAGUCUGAAGACAUGAAACCAGCUUUAAACCUGGUUCUGUGUGGGAGGAGAGGAGCAGGGAAGACUCCAGCAGCCAAGGCCAUUUUAGGUCAGACAGAGUUUCCUUCAGUCUCCAACUCAUCAGAGUGUGUUAAACAUCAGGGAGAGGUGUGUGGACGUUGGGUUUCCCUGGUGGAGCUGCCUGCCUUGUAUGGAAAACCUCAGGAGGCAGUGAUGGAGGAAUCACUCAGGUGUAUCUCCCUCUGUGAUCCUGAGGGGGUCCAUGCCUUCAUCCUGGUCCUACCUGUGGGUCCCCUCACUGAUGAAGACAAGGGCGAGUUAGAGACCAUCCAGAACACAUUCAGCUCUCGAGUCGAUGACUUCACCAUGAUUCUGUUCACUGUGGAGUCAGAUCCUGCAGCUCCAGCUGUUGUUAACUUUGUACAAGAAAACAAGGACAUCCAGGAGCUCCGUCACAGCUGUGGAGGAAGAUAUGUUGUUCUGAACAUCAAGGACAAGCAGCAGAUCCCAGAGCUUUUGGACAUGGUGGAAAAAAACAGUCAAACUAAGAAUGAACCAUCCUGCUACACGACAGAAACAUUCACACAUGCACAGAUGGAUAAAGUCAUACAACUGGAGAGGCUGAUGAAGAAAAACAAGAUCUCUUGUGAUGAUGAACAGAGGUCAGAGUGUCUCAGGAUUGUGCUGUUCGGGAAGACUGGCUGUGGAAAGAGCUCUUCGGGAAACACCAUUCUUAGAAGAAAAGAGUUUAAAGCUGAUUUAAGCCAAACAUCAGUCACCAAACUUUGUCGGAAAGCACAGAGUGAAGUGGACGGUCGUCCAGUCGUUGUGGUUGACACUCCUGGUCUGUUUGACACAACUUUGUCUCGUGAAGAGGUUCAUGAGGAGAUGGUGAAAUGCAUCAGUCUUCUGGCUCCAGGACCACAUGUCUUCCUGUUGGUGUUACAGAUCGGCAGAUUUACACCAGAGGAGAAGGAAACACUGAAACUCAUCAAGAAGAGCUUUGGGAAGAAUUCUGAAAAGUUCACCAUCAUUCUUUUAACUGGAGGAGAUAAACUAAAACAUGAAGGGAUAUCUGUUGAAGAAUACAUUGAAGGGAAAUGUGAUGACUCUUUCAAAAAGCUGAUCUCUGACUGUGGAGGAAGAUACCAUGUGUUUAGUAACUAUGAUAAACAAAACCACAAACAAGUCAGUGAGCUGAUAACAAAGAUUGACACCAUGGUGAAGGAAAAUGGAGGCAGCUGCUACACUAAUGACAUGCUGCAAGAGGCCGAAGCAGCAAUAAAGAAAGAAAUGGAGAGGAUCCUGAAAGAGAAGGAAGAAGAGAUGAAGAGAGAGAUGGAAGAACUGCAAAGAAAACAUGAUAAAGAAAUGGUGGAAAUGAAAAGAAGAAUGGAUUAA